AUGACAGUCGAAGAUGUAGCUCACCCAAGCUCACGCACUGCUCGCGAGCACGGACCAUACUUCAUACCAUCAGUGCACCUGCCUCCUCUCAAGCACAGACCUCGAGGGCCGGUGCUCGCUCAAGCACUCUCACACCUCGCACUCGCCCUGCGUCUCGAUGGACACGAAAAUGUCCACGUCCCAAAGCUCCAACGAGCAAGUGCCAAUAGGGCGGAUGCGCUGGACAAGAGCGACUUGACAGAUCCUAUCCAAGCUCAAGCUCAAGAUUCGCUGGUCCAAUUUGAAGCAGCCGCGGAAGAUCACGAGACUUCGCAGGCGGAGAAUCUCUUCGAGCUCAGGUACUCAAGGAUCUGGCUUUCCGCUUUGGUCAAAACUGGACUAUCAUGGGUCGAUGAUGAACCGACGCGAGCGGAAAACGCAGAUGAAGAUGUGACUGUGCUUUUGGAUCGCGCAACGGAACUUCUGAGCGCCUGCGCAGGCAAAAGUGGUGAGCUUCGAAUAUCAAUUUGUCCUGAGCUCGGAUCGCCCCUCUUGCUGAUCGAAAUCCUCGCAAACGGCCAGCUUCCGGACCGGUAUUUAGAAUUUACCACUUCGACUCGCCCGUGGGAAGUCUAGCAGUCAAAGUGCGCGACGGUACAUUGACCGCUGAUGCUUUGGGUUCGAGAACAUGGGGCUCCGCAUCCAUGCUCGCGCAGCACUUGAUGAGCCCUUUCUGCAAGCUUAUCAACGAGAGAAAGCCCCAUGGCAAGACUUCUCUCAUCCAAAUCCUGGAACUUGGAGCUGGAACGGGUCUGGUCGGUCUUGCUAUCGCUGCCCUCGUCCAACGCAUGAAGCACAAUGUUCGCGCAAACGUUUGCCUGACAGACUUUCAUCCUGACGUCCUCGAAAACCUUGCAUUCAACGUCAGGCAGAACUUCGCAAGUGAUCCCGCUGGAUCGACCGGUCCGUCAGUACAACCUCAAGUCAGUGUCGCACAUUUGGACUGGUCCCAAGUGUCCAAGGAAGCAGCGCGAGACCAAUCGCAAAAUUUGACUGACGAUCAUAGGCAGGCUUUGAGUGAGUAGCGUGGCGAAUCGGAGAGAGAGAAUUUAGCAUGCUGAUGUGGUUCCCGAAUUUGCCGCAAAAGGUGCUCACCCACAGCACGACAUGAUUCUAGCUGCGGACUGCUGCUAUGAACGGCAUCACGCUCUGUGGCUACGAGCGACCGUAGAGCGAUACCUCAGCAGGGAAUACGUGCUCGGUAAUGAUCACUGCAACGGGGAGUAUCCGCUCGGAGCGCUUCACUUGCUCAACGCCAUCCGCGCUACGCAUUCUCACGAAAGCCGAGCUAUCGAAGAAGCCUUUCCUGCUGUUGCAGAGUCAAUGAGAGGCCAAAGCGAUCGACUCAAGCGCACCUCUCUGCAGCUCCGUGUUGUGCAUCAGAUGGAUUUCGAAGGUUAUGACGACUUUGGACCACCUACGCUACGACUCGAUGUGCCUCUUGACCGUGCGCGGGCCUCAAACUCGGCCGAGCACAAGUGCCGGGAGCAGCACGCAGGCACUCGCACGCGAUUUAGGUAUUAUCAAAUUCGGUGGUGUAAAAUCGCUGUAG